GAAGCAGAGAGAGAGAGAAGGCAGAGAGAGAGAGAGAGAGAGAGAGAGAAAAGAGAGAGAGAGAGAGAGAGAGAGAGAGAGAGAAAUAGAGAGCGAGAGAGAGACAGAGACAGAGAGAGAGAGAGAGACAGACAGAGAGAGAGAGAGCGAGAGAGAGAGAGAGAGAGAAGCUUAAAUGCCUACUCUUCGCAGAUGACCUAUGCCUGCUGUCACCCACAGCACAUAGCCUACAGCAGAGCCUGGACCUGCUAG